GACCCCUUUCUCUCUCUAUAUAUAUUUUGAAGUUUCUAGAGAGAAAGCGAGUAGAUUAGUCCAUUUCUGUGAGGAGAGAGAAAGUGGGAGAAUCGGAAGAUAGAGAGAGAAAGCUUUGGCCUUUUUGGGUGACUCUCUUGUGGGGUGGUUUCAUAUUCGCAUCCUUUGUUUUGUUGUUCCUUCUUUCCCAUGUGUGAUGUGUUAGCUUUCAAGAUCUAGUUCACUGUUGCUCAUUUUAUUGCGUAUCUAAUCGAAGAGGGAGGGGUUAAGAUGUCGUCUCUUAGUAGGGAAUUGGUGUUCUUGAUCUUGCAGUUUCUGGAUGAGGAAAAGUUCAAAGAGACUGUUCACAAGCUUGAGCAGGAAUCAGGGUUUUUCUUUAAUAUGAAGUACUUUGAGGAUGAAGUGCACAAUGGCAAUUGGGAUGAGGUUGAAAAAUACCUCUCUGGUUUCACAAAGGUAGAUGAUAAUAGGUAUUCUAUGAAGAUAUUUUUUGAGAUAAGGAAGCAGAAGUAUCUGGAGGCAUUAGAUAAGCAUGACCGGUCGAAGGCUGUAGAAAUAUUAGUGAAGGAUUUGAAAGUGUUUGCUACAUUUAACGAAGAAUUGUUCAAGGAAAUCACACAGCUUUUGACAUUGGAAAACUUUAGGGAAAAUGAACAAUUGUCUAAGUAUGGCGAUACUAAGUCUGCACGAGCAAUUAUGUUGGUGGAGCUCAAAAAGCUCAUUGAAGCAAAUCCCCUGUUUCGAGACAAAUUGCAAUUUCCCAACCUUAAAAACUCAAGGUUACGGACCCUAAUCAAUCAAAGCUUAAAUUGGCAGCAUCAACUUUGCAAGAAUCCUAGGUCAAAUCCUGAUAUAAAAACUCUUUUUGUUGAUCACUCAUGUGGACAACCGAAUGGAGCUCGAGCUCCUUCACCUGCUAAUAAUCCACUACUAGGAUCCUUACCAAAGGCAGGGGGAUUUCCUCCUCUUGGUGCACAUGGGCCUUUUCAACCUACUCCAGCACCAGUGCAGACCUCCCUGGCUGGUUGGAUGUCAAAUCCUACCACUGUUGCACAUGCUGCAGUUUCUGGAGGUGGAGCUAUAGGUCUCGGUGCUCCAUCAAUCCCUGCUGCUUUGAAGCAUCCGAGGACCCCCCCUACUAAUCCUUCUGUUGACUACCCAUCUGGAGACUCAGAUCAUGUUGCUAAGAGAACAAGGCCAAUGGGAAUUUCAGAUGAGGUGAAUCUACCUGUCAAUGUGUUGUCAGCAACAUUCCCAGGUCAUGGUCAACAUGGUCAAGCUUUUAAUACACCCGAUGACAUACCUAAGGCUGUUGUGCGAACUCUUAAUCAGGGUUCAUCUCCUAUGAGCAUGGAUUUUCAUCCAGUCCAACAAUCUUUACUACUUGUUGGUACGAAUGUGGGGGAAAUUGCCUUGUGGGAGGUGGGUUCUAGGGACCGGUUGGUCUCAAGAAACUUCAAAGUUUGGGAUCUUAGUGCAUGUUCAAUGCCUUUUCAGGCUGCUCUUGUCAAAGAUCCUGGUGUUUCUGUCAACCGUGUGAUUUGGAGUCCUGAUGGUGCUUUAUUUGGGGUUGCUUACUCAAGGCACAUUGUUCAGAUAUACUCUUACCACGGUGGGGAUGAUAUACGACAGCACCUGGAGAUUGAUGCUCAUGUUGGUGGAGUGAAUGAUCUAGCAUUUUCCCACCCAAAUAAGCUACUAAGUGUGAUAACUUGUGGUGACGAUAAGACCAUUAAGGUAUGGGAUGCUGCUUCGGGUGCAAAGCAGUAUACUUUUGAAGGUCAUGAAGCUCCUGUUUAUUCUGUCUGCCCACAUUAUAAAGAAAACAUUCAGUUCAUCUUUUCAACAGCAUUAGAUGGAAAAAUAAAAGCAUGGUUGUAUGACAAUUUGGGAUCUCGUGUUGAUUAUGAUGCUCCUGGUCGUUGGUGCACAACCAUGGCUUAUAGUGCUGAUGGUACAAGGCUCUUUUCAUGUGGGACAAGCAAAGAUGGGGAAUCCUCUAUUGUUGAGUGGAAUGAAAGUGAAGGAGCUGUUAAAAGGAGUUAUCAAGGAUUUCGUAAACGAUCUUUGGGUGUUGUGCAAUUUGAUACUACCAAAAAUCGAUAUUUGGCUGCUGGUGAUGAUUUCUCCAUCAAAUUUUGGGAUAUGGAUAGUGUUCAGCUUUUGACAACUGUUGAUGCUGAUGGAGGUCUCCCUGCAAGCCCACGUAUUCGUUUCAACAAGGAUGGAACUCUUUUAGCUGUCUCUGCAAAUGAAAAUGGAAUUAAAAUUUUAGCCAAUGGAGAUGGUAUGCGAUUGUUGCGUACACUAGAGAAUUCUUUAUAUGAUGCAUCAAGAGCAUCAGAAGCCUUGGCAAAGCCUACAAUUAAUCCAAUUUCUGCUUCUGCCGCCGCCGCAACCAGUGCUGCACUUGCUGAGAGGGCCUCGUCUGUAGUAGCUAUUGCAGGAAUGAAUGGGGAUACCCGAAACUUGGGUGAUGUUAAACCUAGAAUAAGUGAAGAAUCCAAUGAUAAGUCCAAGAUAUGGAAGCUCACUGAAAUCAGUGAACCAUCUCAAUGUAGAUCCUUGAAGCUACCGGAGAAUGUAAGAGUGACCAAGAUAUCAAGGUUGAUAUAUACAAAUUCUGGUGGUGCUAUUCUGGCAUUAGCUUCAAAUGCCAUUCACCUGCUCUGGAAAUGGCAGCGUAGUGAGCGAAACACAUCUGGAAAGGCCACUGCCACUGUGCAACCUCAGUUGUGGCAACCAACAAGUGGCAUCCUGAUGUCUAAUGACAUUGCUGAUAGCAAUCCUGAGGAUGCUGUGCCCUGCUUUGCUUUGUCCAAAAAUGACUCGUAUGUAAUGUCUGCAUCAGGAGGGAAGAUAUCUCUGUUCAAUAUGAUGACUUUUAAGACAAUGACAACUUUCAUGCCUCCACCACCUGCGGCAACCUUUCUUGCUUUCCAUCCUCAGGAUAACAAUAUUAUUGCUAUAGGCAUGGACGAUUCCUCUAUUCAAAUAUAUAAUGUCCGGGUUGAUGAGGUUAAAAGUAAACUCAAAGGCCAUACUAAAAGAAUAACUGGUCUUGCUUUCUCUCAUGCAUUGAAUGUAUUAGUUUCAUCUGGAGCAGAUGCUCAGAUUUGUGUCUGGAACACUGAUGGAUGGGAAAAGCAGAGGUCUAGAUUCUUGCAGCUUCCUCCUGGGAGGACACCAUCAGCGCAAUCAGAUACCCGUGUGCAGUUUCAUCAGGAUCAGUUACAAUUCUUGGUUGUGCAUGAAACUCAGCUUAUCAUUUAUGAAGCAACAAAACUAGAAGGUCUAAAGCAGUGGCUCCCACGAGAUUCUGCUGCACCAAUAUCACAUGCAACUUUCUCAUGUGAUAGCCAGCUGAUAUAUGCCAGCUUUUUAGAUGCAACAAUCUGUGUAUUUAGUGCUUCAAACCUCAGAUUACGCUGUCGUAUUAAUCCUUCUGCUUAUCUUCCUGCAAGUGUCAGUUCCAACGUGCAACCACUUGUAAUCGCGGCACAUCCACAAGAACCAAAUCAGUUUGCUGUGGGACUGUCAGACGGUGGAGUUCAUGUCUUUGAACCCCUUGAGUCUGAAAGCAAGUGGGGGGUGCCUCCUCCUAUUGAGAAUGGGUCAGCAAGCAAUGUGGCAGCUCCUUCAGUUGGACCUUCUUCAGAUCAAGCUCAAAGAUGAUCCAUGUCAAGCCUAAGACAAGUUUCUUUUAUAUACUUGGCUUGAUGGGCAUUUUAAGAACUAAAUCUGUACUUAAGUUAAUGCAGGGCACUCUCCAAAUCAGUUGAUCCAUCGUGUUGUACUUAAGUUAAUCAAGACAAUCACAUCAUGCCAGACCUCUGGAGCAACUCAUUUGGCUGAAGGCCAAAACCUCAUUGUAAUUUGCCAAUAGAUGUGAAAAAUUCUUUUUAAGUUUAAUGCUACAGAUGUAGUUCUUUUGAGUACUUAAAAGCUUCUGGCUAUUUAAUUAGAUUGGUUGAUCCUAACUUGUGGCCUUUUGUUAGUUCCACAUUCCAAAUCUUGCAUGUAACUUACUAUGCUAAUAUUGUCUUCAUCUUACUACUCAUCGCUCCCAUAUUAUCUAAUAUAAAUACAGUUUUU